CAUUAACUCCCACACGCAAUGCUUCGGUGACCCUGCAAACUGACAUUCCACGCCACAGCAUGUGGCUGGACCGCUUCUCCGCCCAUUCCACGCCAUCGGGCACGCCUCCCCCUCGUGGCCAGUCCUAUUCACCCGCACCUCGGCGGCCAUACCAGGCUUCAGGGCCCGGUCCUUUACCUCCAAGACCCGGCAUAAACCCCAGAUCUUCCUCUCUCUCUCUCGUCUCGCCGUCAUCAUCAUCCACAAGCCUCCCGUCGACCUCGCGGUUACCCAAUGGCGCAGGCAGGAGGCGACAGGGAACUGGUGGAGUGCCCCCGAACGUCUCAGACCCCCUACAGGUGCUAGAAGCAAUACUAGGAAGGCCUCCUCGCAAACCCCCUGUCAUAAAAGGCGAUGAGAUAGCUGAACCAGUACCAAAGAAACCAGAAGAGGUGGUUGAAGACAUAGACUUUGGAGGUUUGAGCUUGCAGGAGUUUGCGGCGAUAGAGUCGGAUACGCCUGAGAUACGGCACUCUUCUCCUGUGCAUACAUAUAGCACGCAGUCAGUGGAAGAAUACGACAAGGAAAAGGACAAGUUUGAAGAUCUCCAUAAAUCGAUAUUGGCCUGCGAUGAGGUCCUGAAGUCCGUGGAGGCAUAUCUGACGAACUUCCAGUCGGAUCUUGGAGCGGUGUCGUCGGAGAUUGAAAGUCUUCAGAACCGUUCGAUAGCUCUGAAUACGAAGCUUGAGAACCGGAAAGUCGUGGAAAAGCUGCUUGGACCGGCGGUAGAAGAUAUCAGCAUCUCACCAGCCGUCGUGAAGAAGAUCGCUGAAGGCCCAGUGGAUGAAGGCUUCCUUCGAGCACUGGCAGAGCUCGAAAAGCGAUCAAAGACGACAAAUGCAAAAGCGAAAGAGCAGCCAGAUGUCAAGGCAUUAACAGACAUCAAGCCCCUGAUCGACGACCUGACAGACAAGGCCAUCGAACGAAUCCGCGACUACGUUGUCGCUCAAAUCAAAGCCAUCCGGUCCCCUAGCAUGAACGCUCAAAUCAUUCAACAGCAAGCGUUCUUGAAGUACAAAGAUCUCUAUGCCUUUCUCGCAAGGCACCAACCACAGCUUUCCCAAGAGAUCGCACAAGCAUAUAUUUAUACUAUGCGCUGGUACUACCUCAACCACUUUACGCGGUACCGACAAGCACUGGAGAAGCUCAAAUUACAGACCCUGGAUAAACAUGAUGUUCUCGGGGAAGACUCGAGCGCAAAACGAGGCCCACUUCUGGGCAACAACCGCACCCUACCCCCAUCCCACGAGGCCUUCUCUCUAGGUCGACGAUUUGAUCAUCUCAAAAAUCCCUCUCCCAAUGCUCUAACCGCCUACCUCGCCGAAGAAGAAAAAGGUGCGCACUACCUCGAAGUUCCAUUCCGGUCCUUCAACCUCGCCAUCAUCGAUAACGCCUCCUUCGAAUACACAUUCCUCACCACCUACUUCAGCCCAUCGCAAAACUACCAUGCAAUAUCCCGAACCUUCGCCUCCAUCUUCGAACCCACCCUCUCACUCGGCCAAUCCCUAACGAAACAACUCACGGAAUCCACAACGGACACUCUCGGCAUCCUGCUCUGUGUCCGCCUUAACCAACACUUCGCCUUCGAACUCCAACGCCGAAAGGUCCCGACUGUAGAAUCCUACAUCAACGCAACAAACAUGCUGCUCUGGCCACGCUUUCAGCAAAUCCUCGACCAACAUUGCACUUCGCUACAGAAACUCACUUCAUCUCUCCCCACCCGUCCAUCCGGCGGUGGCGCUGCAGCGCUUCUAUCACCUUCCUCGUCGACCCACGCGCAAUCAACCGCCCCGACUCCCCUCACACAGAAAUUCGCAAACCUGCUCCAAGGUAUCCUGGCAUUGAGCAGCGAAGCCGGCGAUGACGAACCCGUCAGUGUUAGCGUGGCGCGGCUGCGAAGCGAGUUUGAAGCAUAUCUAACGAGGCUGAGUAAGGGAAUUUCGGAUAAUAGGAAGAGAGAAAGAUUCUUGUGUAAUAAUUAUAGUCUCGUUUGUACGAUUUUGGCGGAUACAGAGGGGAGGUUGGGAGAGGAGAUUCGGAGUCAUUUCGAGAAGUUAAGGGAUGCUUUUGAGAAGUAAGGAGCUGUGUUUUGGCGACUUUUGGAUGGGGUGGAUAUAUGUUAGCGUUAGAGCAUGUGUAGGAUUGCGAUAUUAAUCAACUGAUUAUUCGACGUGGUGGGUGAACUGUUGGUUAUGUACUAGCAAAGCAAUUUGAUACUUGAU